AGGUACCACACUGCAUCGGGAUGUGCAACGCCUCAUCGUUCUCCUCCCAGUAGAGGAACAUGUCAGCAGAAAUCAGCUCGCCUGAUGGGUGCGCCACGCCAAGAUCGAGUGGGAGUUGUCGUGGCAGACUUUGCCUGGGCACAUCUUUGAUUGACAGCCUCCACGGUUCCUCACAGCGCUGGAUCCGUGUUCCAGUCUGGCAUCAGCAUAGGCAUGGCCACCACAUGCAACUGGUCACCUGCAUCUUCUCUGUGAUGGAUGAGAGGAGAAACGGACACAUAGGCUCCACUCCCAUGGCCAUCAGCUUCUGUCACCAUGGCACAUCUCAUGGAAAUGUUCUACACUGGAGCUGGAAUGAACCUUGCCAGACCCUGUCCUUGUUCAUAAGGAACUUCAUGAACCACUGGGUGUACUGGGCGGGUCCCAAGAUCGGUGGUGCUAUGUGUUGCAUCAUGUACGACUUCAUGUUCUUCCCCUGCAUGCACGGCCUGGCCGAGGGGCUAGCCACCCUGAAAGGCAGUCGGUCCCAAGAGGUGAACCAGCAGGACAUCAAGCUCAAGACCCACGUCCUAUAA